AUGCGAGUUCCAGCUCCAGUUUUGGCAUCCAGUCUUGAGCCUGAGUUCCUGGUCGUACCGACCAGCAGUUUCUCGUAUGAGAGUCCUCCAACUUCGGCAAGUGACGACGGUGGCAAGGAGGAGACGAAAAGUUGUGAAAUUUUAUUGGUUAAGAAAAGUGUGACAUCAUCCUCUUCUGUCACUACCUCGUGUCCUAGUGUCACACAUACUUCAAACGAUUCCGAUGCUGGUGAUGGAAAGGAAUGUAGAAAUGAUGGGUGUUGUACUAAAGACAAAUCACAGCCUGCCAGUUCACCUUCGUUUGUUAAGAAGCAUCAUUCUGAUGUAACAGCUGAUGUUAAUGGUGUUUCUGUGUCUUUAAGUCCUCCGAGAAAAAUAUUUACCGGGACAAGCCCGCUUAACUCGGACAUCGGCACUCCGUACAAUUCGAAGAUGCCAAAUCAGUCAAGCUCUCAUUGUUCUACUCAUAGUAGACGUGAACUUAUCGCGACUAAAGUGAGUGAUUCAGCUGAGACUGUUUCAUUAUCAGCGGCUGUAUCUCAUCUCGAGCAUGCCCAGGGAAAAACUCCUGUUUUAUCAACGGCUUGUCACGUGACUGAUUCGCAGGCGCCAGCCAUGGCUGUCAUUUCGUUGCCGAAUGAUAACUCAGCGAAUUCAGCUCAAAAACAGACGACGCCCACAACUAAGAAACCGAUUAUUUUGUCACGACGUUCCUCUCGAAGCAGCGAACAGAACAUACCGCAAGGACUUGUAGUUCUUGUACCCACAAUUGAGGACGCUAAGCGACUGAUCGCUUCUUCAGGGGGGCCGUCGGAUGGCCACACCCCUGUACUGGUACCACAACACAUGUUGAACGAAAUUCACUCUAAAAACACAGGAGAGCAGGUAGAAACAAAGCAGCCACUGAGUGGCAAACGAAAACAUGAUACGCUCUCCUCGCCUUGUUCCGUACCGUCAAAGCGACCAACUAUUGAUUCGGUCGUAAUCGACUGA